GAUGAACUGCUCCUCGCGAUCAUCACUCUGGGCGUUCAUGGCUCUGGAGAAACGUUGAAACCUCCCCAGGUGCCCAAAAAGCCACUCUCACCGUUGGCAAAUGCUCACAACUUCCAAUAUUAUGGUGACAUGAGGUGGGAAUGCGCGCAUCUUGAAGCUGUCCGCCAUAUGGUCAAGCAGAAGGGUGGGCUCCAUAAACUCAGCCUACCUGGUCUGGCCAAUGCAAUUGCAUUAGGUGAUAUCUUCUUGAACUUCCAACCCCUCAGCGCUCCCUCAUUCCCACUCGUGUUUCCCUCUUCGUACGUGAUGUCGGUUUGGCCAUAUCCGAAGCCCGAUACAGUUGGACCAUUAUUGAAAAAACUUGGGACUGGUUUUCGGGACCUGCCCGAAUGUCUCAAUAGAUCUCUAUUGUUUACCAUAAUAGACAGGCUCCGGGAAAUCACCAUCGGAUAUGACAAAUCCCUGCACCAGGCGACACCACAUCCUCCUCUUGUGCGUAUUUUGUGGGCAAGAAAUUCCUUGCAACACGAUCUGAUCUCGCUGCCAGAGAGAUCAGACGAAGGUCUGAAGCGUGAUAGCUGUCUGUACGAACUAUGCCGGCUUGGUACAAUGGCAUACACGCUACUUGUCCUCUUCCCGGUGCCGAGUGUCACAGGUAUGCACCCACGUCUUGCCAAGCAGCUUCUAACUGCAAUGGACAAUUGCUUGAUUUUGGGCAUGUGGGACGAUUACCAGGGACUCUUGCUUUGGGCAAUAAUAUUAUGCGGCACGGUGGCCGAUGGGACGCCUAGCCUGAGACAGAUGUACGUAUCGAUAGCGAGAUGGACUUCUGUCAAGCAUAACGCGAGUGCGUGGAAUCUAGUAAGAGAGAUUUGUACAGGUUUUCUUUGGCUUUGA